ACCUGCGCCUCACUCUCUUCUCUCUUCUGUCUCCGUCUCACCUCCGCGAACUUCUCCUCGAUCACCGUAAAAAAAAAAAAAAAAAAAAAAAAAAAAAAAAAAAAGAAAACCCGUCCGUCUCCCGUCCACGCCGCGCGCCUGACGUCAUGACGCACUGCAGCCACGGGAGCUUACGGUAAAUGGCUCUGCAGCAGCGGCGGCGUCGGCAUGCGCUCGGACCACUCCGCUCCGCACCCCCGCUCUCCUGCCCCGCUCCGGCCGCUUUUCGGGACUGAAUUCACGUUUUGAGGCCGUUCGACGUGACGCACAGAGUAAAGAUGGCCACUGACGACCCGUACCUCCACCCUCCCCAGAUGUUUGAGAUGAUGGACCCGACCUGGGACUACAACCCGUACCCGGUCCUGACCCAGAAUCCAACGCUGCGCACAGUGGAUGGUCCAUAUCUCCAAAUUAUUGAACAGCCAAAACAGAGAGGCUUCAGGUUCCGGUACGGCUGUGAGGGCCCGUCACACGGAGGUCUGCCAGGGGCCUCCAGCGAGAAGAACAGGAAAACAUACCCCACUGUGAAGAUCUGUAACUACCAGGGCCCAGCGCGAGUGGUGGUGCAGCUGGUCACAGUUACUCAUCAUCCUCAGCUUCACGCGCACAGCCUCGUGGGCAAACAGUGUGACAAGGGAAUCUGCAUCGCCGACCUGCAGCCCAAAGACUCUACUAUCAGUUUUCCAAACCUGGGCAUCCUCCACGUGACCAAGAAGAACGUGGCCAAGACCCUGGAGGAGCGCAUGGUGGAGGCCUUCAAGAUGGGCUACAACUGUGGAGUCCAGAUCCACCCAGACAUCGACGCCCAGCAGGGGGAGGUCCGCACGCCCAGAGAACUCACGGACCAGCAGCGCAGUCUGAUCUCGUCCGUGGCCUGUCUCCAGUCCAAAGAGAUGGAUCUGAGCGUGGUCCGACUCAUGUUCACCGCCUUCUUGCCCGACAGUGAUGGAGGAUUCUCUCGGAGGCUGGAGCCGGUGGUGUCUGAGCCCAUCUACGACAGCAAGGCUCCGAACGCUUCAAACCUGAAGAUCGUACGGAUGGACCGGACAGCAGGAUGUGUGACCGGAGGAGAGGAGGUCUACCUGCUCUGUGACAAAGUACAGAAAGAUGAUAUCCAAGUGCGCUUCUAUGAGGAGGACAACUCUGGUGUGACCUGGCAGGCCCUGGGGGACUUCUCACCCACUGACGUACACAGACAGUUUGCCAUCGUGUUCAAAACUCCAAAGUACCGCGACCUGAACCUGCAGAAGCCCACGUCUGUGUUCGUCCAACUCAAGAGGAAGUCUGACAACGAGACCAGCGAACCCAAACCCUUCACCUACCACCCACAGAUCAUAGGUACAGACAAGACACGCACCCAGGUCAUAGGACACGCACGCAGAUAUUAUUUUGUAAAUCUGUCCCUCUUGUACCUGUGUGUCUCUGCAGGAUACUACCAGAACUUCACCUCCUUUAACUACGGUUCUUCUGGAGCUGCAGGAGGCUUCUCUGGAGGAUACUCAGCGAGCCUGGGCUCUGGAGCUGGGGCCAAACACGCUUCCAGAAGUUCCUCAGCGGAUGACGGCGAUCCGGACGACGACUCCUCCUCGGGGGCGGUUCUCAAAAACACAACCCAGAAACGAGACUCCAGACUGGGGCAGAGCGAGGAGGGCGCGGGGGGUCCUCCUGCGGAUCGCACAGAUGAUGCAGCUCGUCGCCAGGUGGAGGCGCUCUUCCAGUUCUCGGUCUCAGGAAACCCGGCCUUUCUCCUGGCCCCGCAGCGCCACCUACUGUCAGUUCAGGACGAGGACGGAGACACAGGUCUGCACUUGGCCGUUCUGCACAGCCAGCAGGAGGCGCUACAGAGUCUGAUCCAGGUCCUGUCGGUUUUCUCCACAGAGGAACUGCUCAAUAUGAGGAACCAUUUAUACCAGACUCCUUUGCACCUGGCGGUCCUGACGCAGCAGAAGGACGCCGUAGACACUCUCCUAUUGGCCGGAGCUGACCCCGCCCUCACAGAUCGCCACGGCAACACGGCGCUUCACCUGGCGACGGCGCAGGAAGUGGGAGACAUGACGUCGCACCUGCUGCAGAGGCCCCAGGUCAGGGCGCUCAUGGGGGUCGCAAAUACUGCAGGACAGUGUCCGCUCCACAUGGCCGUUUUGUCCAAUCGUCUGUCGUCCCUUCGGAGCCUACUACAGAGCGGCGCCGACGUGGAGCUGCAGGAGAGGACGAGCGGCAGGACGCCCCUGCACCUGGCGACCGAGGCGGACAACGUCUCACUGGCCGGGUGCCUGCUCCUGGAGGGAAAUGCCCGAGUGGACAGUUGUACGUUUGACGGUUCGACUCCGCUGCACGUGGCUGCAGGUCGCGGCUCGGCCAAACUCACCGCUCUGCUCAUGGCGGCAGGAGCCGACCCCCUCAGAGAAAACCUGGAGCCUCUGUACAUGUGUGAGGAAGAGGAGGAGGACGAAGGAUACGUCCCCGGAACCACCCCCCUCAACAUGGCCGCCAACGCACAGGUUUUAGAGCUUCUUAACGGAAAAGAGUACGAACCAAAACCACCUCAGUACCCCCUCAGCCCUCCUCAAGGAGACUUGUGCAGCCUGGAGCUCUCUCUGAAACAGGAAGUGUGUCGCGCUCUGGACACUGAGGGAUUGUGGGAAACGUUGUCCCACGGUUUGGGUUUGGGCAUUUUGAACAACGCCUUCAGACUGAGCUCCUGCCCCGCCAAAUCCCUCCUGGACAGCUACGAGGUGUCGGGGGGCACGGUGAAGGAGUUGAUGGCCGCUCUGAAGUCUGUGGGAGGCUGCACUGCUCUGAACGUCCUGCAGGAGGCGCAGCAGCUCAGCCCCACCACAGACACACCACAAGACUCCACAGAGCGUCUCCCGGAGCUGCUCCAGGACCUGAAGCUGGACGUGCGCGAGGACAGUGGACUCUGCGACAGCGGCGUGGAGCUCUCUGUCGUCUGAUUGGUCCAAAGCGCCGCCCAUCAGACUCUCCCGACCAAUCAACCAAAGAGACGCCGGGACAGCCAGCCAAUCAGAGGCCAGGAGACAAGUCCAGAGCCCGCCCACUCACCACUUCUGCCCAAAACUCACAAACAUAUUUAUGGACGGAGGCUAAUCUGCUGAAGACGCUCUGCCGGAGGAUCUGCCACCUCGUUUCCAUGGAGAUCUUGGCCUGGAAUAUUCCACAGUGUCCACGUAUCCAACUUCUUUAAAAAGUUACUCAAGUAAAUGUAACUAAAGUGCUGAAAAUCAUCUUAACUUUCUCCGUCGCUGAUUAGCCUCCGUCAAAGUUUGAGAUUCGUGAGCUGAUCUUCAGUUUUAAAGGUGCACUGUGGAACUUUUUAGGUUGGAGAUGCUGUUGCUGUGUCUGUAAUGUUACGCAAUGUUUUAAAGUUACAUAAGAGGAAUUUAAUUAAUUAUCUGUGUUUUUAUAGGUCGAAAAAUGCCAAAUCUCAACUGUAAACACACCUUUAAAAGUCUGGGGAUAAAGGUUUUUUUAUAGUACAGAAACCAGAUCUAAACCAGGACUAAACUAGGUCUAGACCAGGUCCUAAACUAGGUCUAAACCAGGUCCUAUACUAGGUCUAAACCAGGACUAAACCAGAUCUAAAAUACGUCUAAACCAGGUCUAAACCAGGACUAAACCAGGUCUAAAUCAGGUCCUAAACCAGGACUAAACCAGGUCUAAGCCAGGUCUAAAUCAGGUCCUAAACCUGGUCUAAACCUGGUCUAAACCUGGUCUAAACCAGGUCUAAAUCAGGUCUAAAUCAGGUCCUAAACCAGUUCUAAACCGGGUCUAAUCAAGGUCUAAACAAGGUCUAAACCAGGUGUAAAUUUGGUCCUAAACCAGGUCUAAACCAGGACUAAACCCAGAACUAAACCAGGUCUAAAUCAGGUCCUAAACCAGGACUAAACCAGGUCUAAAUCAGGUCCUAAACCAGGACUAAACCAGGACUAAACCAGGUCUAAAUCAGGUCCUAAACCAGGACUAAACCAGGACUAAACCAGGUCUAAAUCAGGUCCUAAACCAGUUCUAAACCAGUUCUAAACCAGGUCUAAAUCAGGUCCUAAACCAGGACUAAACCAGGUCUAAAUCAGGUCCUAAACCAGUUCUAAACCGGGUCUAAUCAAGGUCUAAACUAGGCCUAAACCAGGUGUAAAUUUGGUCCUAAACCAGGUAUAAACCAGGACUAAACCAGGUCUAAAUCAGGUCCUAAACCAGGACUAAACCAGGUCUAAAUCAGGUCCUAAACCAAGACUAAACCAGAUCUAAACCAGGACUAAACCAGGUCUAAAUCAGGUCCUAAACCAGGUCCUAAACCAGUUCUAAACCGGGUCUAAUCAAGGUCUAAACAAGGUCUAAACCAGGUGUAAAUUUGGUCCUAAACCAGGUCUAAACCAGGACUAAACCCAGAACUAAACCAGGUCUAAACCAGGUCUAAACCAGGUCUAAACCAGGACUAAACCAGGUCUAAACCAGGUCUAAACCAGGACUAAAGAAAAACAAACUGACCUGGUGUCAUCUUCUACUUGUUUCUAUGGAGAGUGAGAAGUUUAAUGCCAUACUUUGGGACAUUACGGGCAAAGCAACGACACAAGCAGGUCUAAACAAACAGGAAAGUUCCACAGUGCACCUUUAAAAGUCUAAAUAUUGUUUUUAUGGUACAGAAAUGAGGAAAAAAAACAUGAGGUGUAGUAAAAAUUUAAAAAUCCUGAAAUCCUUGGGCAUCUUGAACGCAUCAGGAGGACAGUCGACCAAUCAGAGCGCAGCGUCACCCGGACCGGACUGAAUGUGUUUGAAUGGGACUUUUAUUAUUGAUGUUUGAAUGUUUGUUUUGUGUUUUAGCAGAAAAUGUUAAAAGCCAAAGAAAAGAAAAGAGUGUUUUUGGUUUUUUGUUGUUGUUGUUUUUUCUAUGAAUGAGUUGGUACUGAGCAGAGGACAGACGUGGUACUGAACAAGAGUCUGGGAAACUUUCAUCUUUUAACCAGAGGUUUGGAUUUUAAAUUGAAACUCUACAGUUUUAUCUGUGAUCAGGAUUAAACCAGAUUAAAUCUGGACUCAAGAAAAACAAGAUAACAAGGACUAAACCAGGUCUAAACCAGGUCAAAAACCAGGUCUAAACUAGGAUUAAACCAGGUCUAAACCAGGUCUAAACCAGGAUUGAAACAGGUCUAAACCAGGAUUAAAAUGGGUCUAAAACCAGGUCUAAACCAGGAUUAAAAUGGGUCUAAAACCAGGUCUAAACCAGGUCUAAAAAGGACUAAAGAAAAACAAAAUAACAAGGUCUAAACUAGGAUUAAAACAGGUCUAAACCAGGUCUAAACCAGGAUUUAAAUGGGUCUAAAACCAGGUCUAAACCAGGAUUGAAACAGGUCUAAACCAGGUCUAAACCAGGUCUAAACCAAGUCUAAAAAGGACUAAAGAAAAACAAAAUGACAAGGUCUAAACCAGGACUAAAAAAAGGUCUAAACCAGGACUAAACCAGGUCUUAAUCAGGACUAAACCAAGACUAAACCAGGUCUAAACCAGGUCUUGGUUUUUUGUCUAAACAUGAUUGAGUAAAAUUUCUGGGGUGAAUUUAUAAACUGGUGCUAACUGUGGUCACGUCACUGCGAGAAGCACAAGGCAUUCUGGGAGAUGUAGUGUUCUCUGUCAGAGCUGUACAGACAUUGGCUUUUCAUGGUUUGAUAUUUUUUAAUAAAGUUUUUUUUAAAUAAA